GGGCGGUGUUACAGCGGCGGUGGGGCCGCGCUGGGCCGGGCCGAUGGAGUCGGGCGGCGGCGCGGAGGAGCCCGGGGGCGAGAGCGGCUGUUUCCUGUACUACGCGUACGGCAGCAACCUGCUGCGGGAGCGGCUGCUGCUGCGCAACCCCUCGGCCGCGCUCUACGCCCUGGCGCGCCUGCAGGAUUUUAAGCUCGAGUUUGGCCAUCAUCAAGGCAGGACGAGUUCUGUCUGGCAUGGAGGUACAGCUACCAUUGUUCAGAGCCCUGGAGACGAAGUAUGGGGAAUAGUGUGGAAAAUGAACACUUGCAAUUUAAGUUCGCUGGAUAAGCAAGAGGGAGUUGAAGAUGGUUUAUAUGUCCCAAUAGAAGUUAAUGUGCACACUCAAGAGGGAAAGGUGCUGACCUGUCGAAGCUACCAGAUGAAGGACUAUGUCUGUGGUCCCCCUUCUCCGCAGUAUAAAAAGGUUAUCUGCAUGGGUGCAAAACAGAAUGGCUUGCCAGUUGAUUACCUGGAGAAAUUAGAAGCUAUUGAAACUAAUAACUAUGCGGGACCGGUGCCAAUAAUGGAAGAGAUUGAAGCUGCUAUUAAAGCAGAGAAAAUAAAUUCUGCAUAGAAUACCUCUGCAUUUGCUUGGCCAUUCACCUUGAUUUAGAUACCUCUCCUCACUGUGCUGAUCAGCAGUUUCUUUAUUUAUCAAGAAAAGAUGAGUUUGUUGUGCAUCAUUGGAUAUAAUUUGCAGUCUGAAGACAUGCUGACAUUGGUAACUUCUUUUUGUAUGUAUAGCUUGAGUACAUGCCGAAGGUUUUGCAGAUUUGGAAAUUAUCUUUCUGUAAUUGUCAUGCAGUGCUACACACAAGUUUGUGCUUCAUGUCCUG